AUGGGCUGUGGACGAGUGGGCUUCAGACAGCUGCGCAGGGAUUCGGCCCGCUGCGCAGGGAUUCGGCAGAAGAGGACACCCGCCCUGUGCAGUAGGCGGAAGGCGGGGCCCAUGUACGGUGGUGAUUCCACUGAAGCAACUGCCAAACCAAAGAGAAGUUUUUAUGCUGCGAGGGAUUUGUACAAAUACCGACACCAGUACCCAAACUUCAAAGAUAUCCGGUAUCAGAAUGACUUAAGCAAUCUUCGUUUUUAUAAGAAUAAAAUUCCCUUUAAGCCAGAUGGUGUUUACAUUGAAGAAGUUCUCAACAAGUGGAAAGGGGAUUAUGAGACUCUGGAGCACAACCACACUUACAUCCAAUGGCUCUUCCCUCUGAGAGAACAAGGCUUGAACUUUUACGCAAAAGAACUAACUACAUAUGAAAUUGAGGAAUUCAAAAAAACAAAAGAAGCAAUUCGAAGAUUCCUCCUGGCUUAUAAAAUGAUGUUAGAAUUUUUUGGAAUAAAACUGAUCGAUAAAACCGGAAAUGUUGCUCGGGCUGUUAACUGGCAGGAGAGGUUUCAGCAUCUGAAUGAGUCCCAGCACAACUAUUUAAGAAUCACUCGUAUUCUGAAAAGCCUGGGCGAGCUUGGAUAUGAAAGUUUUAAAUCUCCCCUUGUAAAAUUUAUUCUCCAGGAGGCGCUGGUGGAAAAUACCAUCCCCAAUAUUAAGCAGAGCGCCCUGGAGUAUUUUGUUUAUACCAUUCGAGACAGAAGAGAGAGGAGAAAGCUCCUCCGGUUCGCCCAGAAACAUUACACGCCUUCAGAGAAUUUUAUCUGGGGACCACCGAGGAAAGACCAGUCAGAGGCCAGUAAAGCUCAGAAAACGCCUGGCCCCGCCGCCUCUGGUCAUAGCAGUCAAACGUCCCUGCAUAAAAAAUCCAAGGACGCCAAGAAUUCCUCCUCCUCCGUGGUGCAUGUAAAUAGCAAAACAGCUGAAGAACAAAAGGGGGGACCUGGAGAGCCGGGAGAAGAGACAGAUGGGCUGAGCGCAGAGCCGGGCAGUGAGGCCGCCGGGCCAGGAAACGCAGAGACAGACGGUGAUGCCGACAGUUCCGAGCCUCAGCCAGAAAAAGCACCUAAUAGUCCCGUGGAGAAAAAGGAGAGUGGAACUCCUGAAAAAGAUGAAGAAAGUGAAAGUCAUGACAAAGACUGUGGAAAUCCCGGAGAUGCAGUUUCCCACGAUGAUGUACCGUCACAGUGAAUUGUCAGAAAACCCACAAGGGGUUUCUGCUGUUCAGUUUACCCCGAAGAACAGAGGUCCCAUUUCCACUUGUGGCCAGCUGUUCGUGAUCUCUGCUAUCAGCUUUGGGUUGUUAUUUCAUUUUUAUUUUGGGCGACACUGAAUUUAACAUUUAAUAAGAAGUUCUAAGGUGAGACCCAAUUAAUGAAUCUGUCCUGGAACACCUUGAGGAUGUGAGUUUUUCGAAUCCUAUACACAGCAGUGACAUUUGAAUUAUUUUCAUUAUAUCUGGAAGUGAUCCUGUAGUCUUUGAUACAUCAAAUAAAUUCUUGUGAGAGACCACCUUCUAUGUGAAGAAAAUCAAGAGGCUAAUUUUGUUUGCUUGCCAUGCCUUUUCCCUAUUUGUGGAUUCAUUUUUUUUCCCCCAAGCUGGAGGAAAGAAUUUUGGUCUUCUCAAAGGUGUUCAUAAAGAAAUGUGGAUUUUCCUUUUUUCAUUACAGCACCUCAGCAUGUUGAUUUUUAAGUUCUUAUAAGUGAGAUGGAUGUUCUUGGAGACCUGUAGUCGCCCCUGCCCUUUGGUCAGUCCUGCUGGGUUUUUUUUCCCUCUUCCUUUUCUCCAUGCUGGCCCUCACUUGCCACCCUUGUCGGCUGGCCUGUGCAUGCCUAGUGUCCAUUCAGAUGAUCCCCUACAGAGGGGACUUUCCACGGUAUGAUUUCAAGCAUUUGCUUUGUUCAAAAUACUAGAAAAAUAUUUUUCUGUAUCAAGGGCUUAAAAACCAGUUUUGAUGCAGAAAUCCAAGAAAAGAAUUUUGCCUUCUGUGGCUGUUCCAUAUAAAUUUGGUGCUUGUUUCUGAAGGUGAAUGACUGAAGAAUUAAAAAAAAAAAUAAGAAAGGAAAUUGUGUGUUUUCAAAAGGCAUGCAUCUUGAGCUGGCAACAGGCAGUGGUCCCUAAAACCAUGAAUAUCUCAGUGUUCUGCGGUCUGUGCAAUUAAUAUUGCUUAGUCUACAGUCUAUCUUAAAAAAACAAAACCCUACAACUUACUGCAUGUUUUAAGUUGUCAAAACUUGAAAUUGAGAACAGACUUGAUAUCCCAUAUACUCGGUUUUAAUAAGUACUUCAUGUGUUAAUAUUAGGUAAGCUCAAAUAAUUUUAUUUCCUAUAAUAUUACUAAUUAUUAUUACACAUUAGAAAACAAUCCAGGACUGUCAUGAGAACUUCAGAGCAUACAUAUAAAUAUAGUUAUAGCAAUUAACAGAAAAAAUGUUUUCACGUUACUUCAUUUAGAAAGGAAUUGGGUUUUGUGUGUUUCUUAGGCUUUUAAAGAAAGUUCUGUUCACUUUCGCCUCCAGAGAAUUUUUACUAUGUCCUAUUUUUUAACCCCAUCAUAUCAUCUUCUGUUAUCUUUGUUGAUCAAAGGAUUUUUAGUAGAGGAUUUCUAGAAAAAUUAACACACCAAUAGUUUGCCUUUAGAAAUAUGACUUUAUUGCCUUGAAGUUUACAUGAAACAUCCCUGUUGCUCAAAUCUUGACUUUUUCAAUAUGAAUGUUAGUGACACUCAUGUCAUAUAUUGUAUUUCAAUAAAGAUAAACUAUUUUUCUCAUUAUCAUUUCUCAUAAUAUGCCAGGUUUUGCUUUCUACUGUUUUGUGAAGUGAGCGUUAGGAUUUGAGGAGAGAGUUCCGCUGCAUUUCAGCUCCUUUUUUCGCACGGACCCUCUGGCAUACGGCGUGUUGAAGCCAUGUUCCCAUAAAGCUCAAUAAACAGUUUCACAGGGUUAGGGCAUGAGAGCAGGUUGUCACAUUGGGCUGAACUGUAGGAAUAUGAUUAACUCAAAAUAUCUUACCAAUUUUACAUACAUGAUAAAAUUUUCAGACCACUUUCUGAAUGUAUAAUAUUAAAUGUUUGUGACCAGAUAUUAAAAUAUUAAUAAGCAGCAGAUACUAAGAUACAUGGAUAUAAUCUGAAUUACUUAGAAGCUAGUAGUAUAUCAGAGCCCUUUGAAGCAAAAACGUUUCAUUCAGUAAUUUAGCUUUUAGACAAUUAUUCCUAAUUAGGGAUUUGAUUAGAUUGUGCCCUUUAAUUUGAGAUGAUUUAGUCUCGAGGGAAAACUGCCUGGCUUCCAUUUAGAACAGUGGCCUUUGUCCACGGUGGUGGUGAUGGGUUUUUUUUAAUGCAUAUUCACAUGUAGCAGUAUGGUUCCUGCAUUUAAUCUGUAAAUAACUUAUGAGAGAAUUACUCAGUGGAAACAAAUGAGAGGGUGGCAUUCCUUUUGCAGAUAAAAAUUAUGAGAGUCUAGAAUUGUUUUUCUAUUAAGAAUACUUUGUACAUUCAAUAGUUUUAAAGUAAGAUCUAUAGGUGUGUAUUUAUGUGUGUGUUAGAAAUGAAACGGCCCUCUGGGUUUGACUCUGAUGUUUUUUGUAUUUUUAAAAACUACCAUGUGCUUGCAGAAAUUUACUGAGAAGCUGUUAUAAAAGUUCAGUGUAGCAUGGCCAAAAAACUAGAAACAUUAUUGAAUUUUUGCAAAUAUACAGACUUUAUUGUUGUACCAUGGGCUGCAAGGAUGCUAAGUAUUGGCUAUUGGUAAAAUACUGUUUUGCAUUUCACAGCAAUAGAUGUUAUAUCGCUUGCUUAGCCUAGUAUAUUUUUUCCCGAUAUUUUGUGCUUUCAUAUCCCAAAGGAGAUGAUAUAUGUGAAAAUAUUUUGAAAUACUGUAAAGUGGUAUAUAAUCAUAAGAUAUAUUUCUGUACAGUAGAGAAAAAGUUUAUAACAUUAAGAAUAUUGUACCAUUAUACAUUCUCAUGCUCAAUAUCAUAAGAAACUCUAAAGAAUCAUGACAGAGGUGACCAUCUGUCUGCUUUCUCUAAAUCAGGUCUAGUUCUCAGUUCAAAAAUUAUUUUGUAUAGUUUUAUUUUGAAUUUAGGUCUUGAGAAACUACUUUUUUUCAGCUUCAAGGAGAAAAUAAAACAUAACUCAGGAGUUACUAGAGAAGUUCUAAGUUUUUUUGCUAAGUAUUAAAAUAUACACAUUUCAUUUAUAAAGUUACCUACUUUGCUUCUAGAUUUUAUACUUUGAAAGUAUGAACUAGUGAAAAAGGAAAAACAGCACAGUGUUACAUCUGAGUUACUCUUUAAAAAAUCAUUUUAGUAAGUAAACGUCUAUGUCAAGUGGUCAAAAAUUGGUCAAACUGAUGGAGAGAAAAUAUUUGGUUAAUUGUUUAAAGUUAAAUUUCCCAAGUUUAUGGUAGAAUUAUGGUUGAGUUUAUAAUCUAGUGAGUAACUAAAUCAGGCAGGCGUUUGGUAUGUCUCUUCUGAAAGCUUUUAUUUUCUCACCCACGGAAAGGACAUCCUUGAUCUUGCUUGAUUGUAAUCGCCUCUGUGUGUCUUUUCAGGUUUGUUUGGGGUAAGUGGAGCUCUUUUGUUAUAGGAAUAGUUUUGAAGAUUUCUAUUUUGUUUCCUAUUUUUAAAAUUCCCUUUUUUUUUUUUCUCUUGGGAUAUAUCCAUUAGGUAGGCUGGAGGUAGGCACACUAGAAUCAUUUCAAAUGUAGGUGCAGUUGUACAGAAUGAUGGCCUGGGCCAGUGUAGGGUCUGGAAAAUGAGGGGUGUACAUGCAUUGACUUCUUCCAGCUUUGAAUUCUGUAGUGUUUGUUGCAUGAACAGAUUUGUGUGGGUAAUCUCUCGGGUAACAGUGAGUACUACCCUGCCUCCUUCCCUGUCCUACUCAUCCAGCCCACCCAGCAGAUUGUGUUUGGGACAGACCAUGUUAUAGAGGUUCCUUAUUACUGAAGUGAAUGAUAAUAUAGUUAUAAAUAUGAAUGCCUGGAGGUGUCCAGAUGUGCCUUAGUUAAUGUAAAUUGUUUUCAUUCAGAAGUUUAAAUUUUUACUCCAUUAUAAAAAUUCUGCCAGAAGGAACAUUCCAAACCAUGAAUAUCAAUUAUUUUAAUGAAAUUUUCUUUGGUGCUUUUUCAUUUUGGAGAAAUUUCCAUUUGUGUCAGUAGCAUUAGUUCAGAAGGGAGUGUACCAGCCACACUGUUCAAAUGUGUUCUAUUUGACAAAAAAAAGUGUUUACAGUAAGAAAGAUUAACAACAUUGUUACAUUUAUUUAUGCCUCUGCUUCAUUUUGCUACACACUAUAAUUUUCAUUGUAAACAUUUUCCAGCUACUACAAGUAAUAUUUAUCUGUGUUUUACUUUUGUUUUUAGACGCUGAUGGAUGUAGAAACUGGAAUUCUAUUAGAGGAAUGGUUUAAAAGUUUAAUUCCAAUAGAUGGUUGGAGGAAUCUGAAAUUAAUUUGGAAACCUUUAAUGCUGUGGUUUUACUAGGAACAUUUAAACAGUUCCGUUCUUGCCUUUUGCCCUAGAUUAGGAUUUUUUUUUUUGUCAUCUUCUGCUUCUUCCCUCAUCUGUUGAGAAGCUUACCGUUCUAGUUAUUUGUGGGGAAUAACUUCAUAAAAUGCUUGUUUCCUUGAAUUAAAAUUGUUCAUGUGGAGGACACAAUUAACUGCUUUGUUUUAUGCCUGGAGGCUGAGUUCAGAGAAGGGGAGGUGACCACGAACCAGAGUGUGUGUCUUGGUGGAGGGCAGCCCAUGCUGGGCUGCAGCCUCUCCAGUGGCAGGAGGGGUCUGUGGAGUCCCCUCUGGAUGAGGAGGGGGUUGGGCCCCGUGAUCGCUGACUUCUGAGGAACUGACCCCCCUCCUUGGACUCCAUGCACAAUUUCAUUGGGCAUCAGUUUUCAUAAAAUAACUGUUAUCAUUCAUUCGCCACCAUUUUGGAGUUGUUUAGGAAAUUGUAAGCAGUUGGACACCUGCUCUGUAAAUUACAGCUGAACUGUAUGAGUAUCCUGGGUCACACUGAAAUGCUUAUUCCACUUGCCACUCUCCCCUGUUCAAAAAUUCUGAUUGUCAAUCAAAAAUUAUUGGAGGUUGUCCUUUCAGUGGGAUAUAUAUAUUUUAUACAUAUAUAUAUAUAAUAUAUGUAUCGCUUCAUAAAAUGUAUCAGUGUACUUUAACGAAAGGCACCAAUGCUCAUUUGUCAUGCUCGAAGACCUUUUUAUAAAAAAAAUCAGAAAACUUAUGUAUUAGGUAUUCAAAUAUAUAAAUGUAUUUAAGCUAUGAAGCUGAUCAUAUUUUCAUUUUUAAAUUAUAAUGGAGUUUGUGGAAUAGUUACAUUAACUAGAGAGAGUUAUAUAAUAAGCUUUGGGUCUAAGAAACAUCCAAGUUCUGCACUCAUUCGUCAGAUGAGCACCUUUUUCAGUGCUGAUAGGUUGAGUUUCAUGUGAAGAAAUGGAAAACACAAAGGAAACAAAAGAUUAGAAACAGUAACUAGAAACUCACUACAGAAAUGAAGAUACAACCCAUUAUAGGUUUGUGUAGUGCCAGAAUUAUUGGAGGCAGAUGACGAAUGGUCUGCAAAAGCUUUAUGUGGUGGGGACAUGCUCUAUGUUAUGUGUGCCAAGGAGACCAGGAUGGGUGUGGAAACAAUCCCAUUUGAACUCAUUUGAACCAUGAAUUCCACCUGCUCCUCAGUAGACUGAAACCUUUCAUAGACUGAGAGACAAAAUCAAAUGAUCAGAUAGCAAGUGUAAUUCCUUUGCCAGUGGUUUCAAUAACAAGAAGUGAGAUGCGGUGGGGGUGGGGACUGGCUGCAGACACAAGACGACUCAGUGGCAGAUGGUUUAUCAAUGAAGUAACUCUAGCUCCCAUACCGUUAAGGGGUGGCAGCACAUUGUAGGACAUCACAAUUAAGAGGAACAAACAAGAGCACAGUGUUAGGUCCUUGGACAAGCAGCCUUUUUCCUUUUUAUCAGAAGGCUGUUUGCUUGUUUCCCCAGGGAGGUACCAGCUCUUACUUGGUGCUACCUAAGAAGAAACAUGGCCACCGGGGUCUGGCCACUAUUUCAAUUCGGAAACCAUUGUGUCCUUUGUAUUUUAAGCAUUUCAGGAAAAUGGGUAGGAUUCUUAAAAAGAUAUGUGUUGUACUGCCCCCGGGAGCUCUGACCCUCCAGCAGCCGUGGGCUCCGUGCUCUGUGACCUGCCGUGUGAAUUACAGAAUGCUGUGCAUGUCUGUCAGGACCAAUACCAUGUGUAUGUGGUAGCAGUUGUAACCAGUUUCUGGAUCUGUAUGGUACUAUGAAACAUGUUAUUUUAUAAUUCUGUAACUGUAUGGCAGUGUUAUGCCAAAAAAAGUAUAAAGAACAAUGGUUUCUGUUGCUUACUGCUGUAUUUAGAAACAUUGUUUCUGAAAUAAUAUAUUUAGACUUCCUUUAAGGUAAUUAUUUUUAAUAACUCUUGCCAAAUAUACACACUGUAAAAUGAAUAAAAGCCACUGCAUCUUAGUUAACAUUUUAGCAUUAUGUUAGAGCACAUUCUGUUGAUUUUGCAUGAUUAAAAUAUUUUUCAAGAGCUGGAA